CAGGCCCGCGGAGGUCACAGCAAGGCCACCAGGCACGAGGGCUACGCCACCGGUUCCCUCCGCGCUCGCCGCCAGCGCCCUUCGCCGCGGGCCCGUCCGACCCCGGAACCAUCGUGCUGCGACCGCGGGGAGCCGCCGGGCCUCGGCGAAACACUGCACAUCCUCCCUUCCCCUCCCCGCCCCCGGCCGCCGGACCUGGCUGGCUGCGGCUUCCGGCGGGGCGGGCGUUGAGGGCCAUGGGGUGGCAGAGGCGGUUUCUGGAGGUGGCGGCGGAGGGGCUGCUGGGCGCCUGCCCGGGCCAGGCACGGUUCCUGCUGUGGACGCUCCGCACCUCCCGAGAUAAGGAAUCUGGAUUAGAAAGGAUAUGUCCUUACUGCUUCCAGUUCCUGGUUCCUGAUAGCUGCCGGGUGCGUCUCAAACCAAAGAUGAAAGUGACUCCACAGAUAGAGAAGAUUCUUAAACAGGAGGCGAAGAACCAUAAACUUAGUAUGAAACAGACAAAGCUUUUGAAAAAGUACAGAGAGUCAAGAAGUGUUCUGCUGGUUACUUGCAACUCAUGCAACAAAACAACAAGACAUUAUGGUGAAAACAGGAAUUUUCUGGCUACAAAGACACGACGUUUUGGCACUCCAAGUGUUAAAUCUAGCCUGAGGACACCAGGUGUAAAAAUUCAGUCUGCAAAUAAAGUAACACCUGUAAGCUGCAGUAGGUGGGGAUCGAAAGGGAACAGCCCUUCAUCAAUUCCCAGAACACAUGCAUCUGGACAGGCGACAACCAACUCUGCUUCCAAGACUCCCCGAAACUCCAAAUUUCACUUUUCUAAGCUAAAACGGAUGCUUAACCUAGAAGAAAAAGAGAAAAGCCAGAAGGCAGAUUUGAAAACCUUCUUGACUUUACUUUAGUUACACAUUAUUUCAAAGUAAUAAAGAUUGCAGCAAUAA